AUGUACAUGUCCGGACUCCUCGUUCUUGGAGCGUGCUCCUACGCUCUCGCGGCUCCUACCCGGACCGACAUGGUCCCUAGAUCAACACCUACCACCGAAGCUCGCGACAAUUCCAACAAUUCAAUCCCCAUCCCAGGAAUCGUCAUUGCCGUCAUAUUCGGCGUCAUCCUCGUCGCCGGCUUGGUACUAUACUUGUUCAGCAGCAACAACAUCCUCGCGCGGCGCGGCUGGUUUCAACGCCUCCGAGGAAAAAAUAAGCAGCAGUCGGCAAACAAAGAACUGUUGAACCCUUUCGACGAUGACCAAGAGGAACUCACGAAGCGAGCCUCGUUUCAAUCAGAGCGUGAGUCCAUCAUGUUCAACAGGAGCCGCGCGUCGUCCCUUCAGUUCGCCGUGGUCGAGGAGUCCGAUAAGUCGCGGCGGAGCAUGUCACAACAGAUAUACGUCCUCCAGGACAGCACGUAUGUCCCGGUGCAGCGAGUGGACACAAUCCAGGUUCAGCAGGAGGCCACUGCGAUAGAAAGUAGUGCCAGCCAGAGAGCCGCUACUAUUUCAACUAUUUCACCGGUUGAUGACCAUCAGUCAUCGCACUCGAGCAUCCCAGUCAUUAUCACACCUCCGCUAGAAACUGACCAGCAGAGUCGAUCAUUUGAGGAUAAUAUGCAUUCUACCAGUGUUGAUCACCAUGAAGCUACUCGGGAACAAUCAACUCCUUUAACCAGCUGA